CGCUCAGUUGAUCUCCCUUUGCGCUGCUCGGUGACUUCUCAUUUUCGCCAAUUGAACCCGCUCUCCCUCAAGAUGGUUGUCCGUAUUCGUCUGGCCCGCUUCGGGAACAAGCACAAGCCCGUCUACAACAUCGUUGUUGCCCAGGCCCGUUCCGCUCGCGACUCCCGCCCCCUAGAGGUCAUUGGCACCUUCAACCCUAUCCCCCAGCGCCCUACCGGCCUCUCCGACGAGGAAGCCCGCGCCGCAAGAGCAUACAAGGAUAUCUCGCUCGACCGGUCUCGAGCCAAGUACUGGUUGGGUGUUGGUGCACAGCCUAGCGAUGGUGUCUGGCGGUUACUGCACAUGGCCGGUCUUAUCGAAGCGAAGAAGGUCCCCAAUAAAUGAAAAACGCGCGCUUUCAUAUCGUCCUUGAUAUCUGUAUAUUCUGCAUGAGGGUACUGGAGUCCGAGUUGACGAAGUGCUCGCACAGCUUGGGCCGGUAACUGUCGUCCAGGCCCGUGACGCGUGAGACCGAGAGAAAGAGUGUGUGUGAGAAAGAGAGAGAGUCGGUGGCGCGGAAAAUAUCCCUGAAUGUUACGCUCCUGGCAUUACUUAUUUGGCGUUUAUUGAGAGUGAUACAUUUGGAACUUUUCUGGGUCGAGAUUUAUGUACAUUAUGUGUGCCGAUUAUGUGCUGCGUCUCGCAUUGUGAUUAAUGGCAAUUAGCAUUCAUAUUUCGUGAUU